GACAACAUCGUCACAUGAAACCACCAUUUCACCAAGGUACAAAUGGCGGGCGACUUCAGCAUAACUAAGUAAUGGCUGAUCCACGAGCCAUUGUCGCACUGGUUAUUCUUCUCUUCAUCUUCUUCUCGCCCCCACCUGGACAGGAACCUCUGGUGCACGCCCGCUCGCGUCUCGAACACAUCGUCGCUGCCGAACGCCAUGACUUGACCAUCCUGAACCAGACACGACUGGGAGACUUCGACCCAGCACAAGAAAGAUGGCUCAAUAUCAGUGGCUUCCGAGCCAACGAUACCUUUGCGUGGCAAGCACUUCCGCUUGUCAAAGAACGAGCCAGGCAUCAGUCAGCGCAUGCCUUGGGCCAUGACAACUUAGUGCGUCUCGACGGAGGGGACGGAGAUCGACCGCCGCUACCACUAUACCGCAAUGUGACUGGAACCAUGUAUGGCGAGUGGGUCCGCUCGCCCAUCCAGCCAUCGGUUGCGUCGCCGAAGCUAAACAUGACCGAAUACUCCCCCGUCGGCCCCUUUGGACCCAUCCCACUCCGCUCCUUCAGCAAGAAUGUCACUGCGAAAGCUGGCUCGCUAGAAGUCUGGUUCGAAGAGGCGGAUACACAAGAGACGCUGCUGUGGCACGAAGGCAAGAGGGUGGCUAGGGAAGUGAAGGCCCAGAUCUCUGUAGGAGACGAGGAAGCUGGUGAUUCCUGGGACACAAGGCUGUUCGGUGUACAUUUCCUCGAGACAGGCAACAUCAUGCUCGCUACAACCACGGAUAAGUUUGCUGGUAUAUUCGGUCUGCCGCAUAUGGCUCUAUCAGAGUACCACUACCAAUCCUCACAAGAACUGCUCAACCGCACACUUGGCUUGUCCAUCAGCGAGCAAGAGGAUGGUCUCCUUCGCAGCUUCAGUCCCUGGGCUCCAACGCCCGAUGGGACUUCGGACUCUUCCAUGGCUCCUACAUGUGACAUGAUCGUCUACCUGCAACAGCACAUCGUUCCAGUGCCCGGUGUUGAACCUGGACCGGAUCAGGAGUCUCUUUUAUCGUUCAUCGAGCAAGAAAUCCGUUUUCCAACCGGUGCAUCUAUUCCGCCUGCUCAGCAGAUGGCUUUCUCUAUGGUCGCUUUCUCGCCGGAUUGUGGUUUCGUAAUCGAGUCUAAAGGCCCUCCAGAGUUUGCGCCGCAGGAAGCCAAUCACUUGCGUGGUCUCAAACUCGAAGUCGGAUAUCAGCGCGCCAGAAGACAUCUACUUCUCUUUGCCGCUGUCGUCAGCGGACAGCUUUUCUUCUUCCUUCGCCAGAUGCGUGAUGCAAGUACUCCUUCCACUAGAAGUAGGAUCAGCUUCUAUACUAUCAGCAUGCUGUCUCUAGGCGACGGAUUCACCACCAUGGUCUUUUGCUUGAUUAGUCUGUUCAUCCAGACGCUUUGGGUUCCUUUGAUCGCUACUGGCUUCCUCGCCUUCAUGAGUGUCAGCUUCUUUGGCAUGAGGUUCUUGAUGGAUAUCUGGGCCGUACAAGCGCCAGAGCGAGAACGCAGGGAGAGACGGGAAAGACAACAGCGGCAGCAAGCCGCCGGUCCACCAGCAGCUGCCACUACAGUGCCAGCGAGUACAGCUGAUGGUGCUCCUGCUCAACCGCCUCCACCACCUCAGGCACCAAUUAUCACUGCUGCAGGAGCUGAGACGUUACCUGCGCCCGUGACAGCAGCGCGGCCGGUUGACACAGGAGCCACACCCGUAUUCAUACCAUCAGAUCAAGACACGCAAGCUGAGGAGGAUGCUCCAAAUGCUGCAGCCACAGGUGUAGAAGCUGGACAGCGUGCUCCUGGGUUUGGAUCCCUCUACACACGCUUCUACUUCCUUCUCCUUAUAACACUAUUUCUCUCACUCAACGCAACUUCAUGGCCAUCAGGUCUUAGACGGGGUUACUUUACACUUCUGGCAUUCUCCUAUCUGUCCUUCUGGAUUCCGCAGAUCCACCGCAAUUGCAUGCGUAAUUGUCGACACGCAUUACGUUGGGACUUCGUCGCUGGUCAAUCAUUACUGCGACUCUUGCCCUUUGCAUACUUCUACGGCUAUGAGAACAAUGUCCUUUUCGCAGCUGUGGAUCUGAUCGAUCUAGGAAUUCUUGCUGCUUGGGUGUGGAUACAAGUUUUGUUGCUGUUGAGUCAAGAGAUCAUCGGACCUCGCUGGUUCGUCCGCGGCACUUGGGUUCCACCAGCUUAUGACUACCAUCCUAUCCUCCGCGACGACGAGGAAGCCAACAAUCUACCCAUUGGAGCAACCACCUCUAUGCCAUCACCUGAACAAGAAAAAGAAGCCAAGGAUAAGGGCAAGCGUGUUUUCGACUGCGCUAUCUGUAUGCAUGAGAUCGAGGUGCCGGUAUUGAACGAAGGCUCUGCUGGCGAAGGUCUUACUACUGGCUCGUUGGUCCUGGAGCGCAGGAAGUAUAUGGUUACGCCUUGUAGGCAUAUCUUCCACUCUUCUUGUUUGGAAGGCUGGAUGAAGUUUAGACUCGUGUGUCCGAUUGAUAGGGAGGAGUUGCCGCCGUUGUAGAUAUUGUGUACAUAGGUCAAUAC